AGUAAAACGCGACGGUAAUGUGUGACUGAGAGGUGCGAUAGUUCAGCUGAUUGAGCUGGAAACAUGGCUAUCUUCACUCCGCUGGAGCACUCGACUCGAAGUUGAGCGCCGCACAGCGAAGCGGCAGCCUGCCAUAAACUUUUGUUUACCGUGGGGGAAGCCAGGCGGACAUGGGCAACUCGUAUGCUGGGCAGCUGCGGACCACUCGGUUUGAGGAGGUGCUGCACAGCUCUAUCGAGGCGUCCCUGCGCUCCAACACCGUUGUCCCCCGACCCGUCUUCUCCCAGCUCUACCUGGAGGCCGAGAACCACCCCACCUCACAGAAUGCAGGGCGGACAGAAAAUGAGGAAGAUGAGGAGGAGGAUGGAUCUGAGUCCAACAGCCCCCCCAUCCUAUACCAGAUGAAGACCCCACCUGAAGGAAGCUGCACAACAGAUGGGUUCUGUCAGGCAGGCAAGGACCUGAGGCUGGGCUCCAUGGCAACGGACUCCCUGGAAGUCCCCCCCGGCUUCCUGUUGGUGGGCGCCAAGUCGCCCAGCAUUCCCGAUCACAUCCUGGUGUGCGCCGUGGACCGGAGGUUCAUCCCAGACGAGCGUGGACACAAUGCACUUUUAGGUUUUGCGGGCAACUGCAUGGGCUGUGGAGAGAAGGGUUUCCGCUACUUCACCGAGUUCUCGCACCACAUCAACCUGAAGCUCACCACGCAGCCCAAGAAGCAGAAGCACUUGAAGCACUACCUCCUCCGCAACGCGCAGGGCCAGCUGGUCAAGGGCCCCCUCAUCUGCUGGAAGGGAAUAGAUAACCGAGUGAGACAGACAGGUCCGGUUGGCUUCACAGGAGCCAACGGCGGAGAGGACCACUUAAACGGCCCCCACCCCACAGAGACACACACAGCCUCCGGUCACUCUGCCCUCAGCACGGCCAACUGCACAGAUCCGGUCGGUCCGCUGCAUCUGCCAGAGAACCCCCAUGCCUUGACCAAUGGGAAUCACUGCCCACCCUCCCAGCAGGCUUUGCAGCAGCCCGGCGUGGCAUCGCAUGGACGACCCUCUGUAAUAGGUACAAUCACAAAUGCGGGUCCCCCAAAGAAGAGACACAAGGGGUGGUCACCAGAGUCUUCAAAAGCAAACGACGCAGCCGCCAAGGCUGUGUCCACGGCAACCACUGGUCCCAGAUCAGACAAUGGAGUCCCGGUGAGUGUGUCCCAGGGGUCCCCGCCGACUCUGGCCUCAGGGGAGUCCGUCACAGUGCCUGAGAACCUGGUGCAGACAUGCAAACUGCAGCCCGUCAUCUUCAAAGGUCAUGGGAACCUGCCGGUGCUGUGUGGGAACACUGCGGAGGUGCAGGUCAGCGCUCUGCUGCAGGCCUGCUACAGGAACUCCCAGGCCCUGCCGCGGGUCUACGAGCAGUACGGGGCCGCCCCCAUCCAACCGCUCUCCACUGAGAUGCAGAUCCUCCUCACCGUCUACUACCUGGUGCAGCUAGGCUCUCACCAGAUGCCCCUGAUGGAGGAUCUGGAGCAGAUCUUCAUGCGCUCGUGGCGCGAGUCACACCUGACGGAGAUCCGGCAGUACCAGCAGACGCGCCCCCAGAUACCCCCGCAGCUCCCAGGCCUGGCGCAGCCCCUCACGCCAUCACAGCUGCCCUGGCUGGCCCGCCUGGCGGCCAGUUCCUGCGGAGACGGCGUGCUCGUGUUGGACACCGCCGCCUCGCUCGCCGAUGGACUCAGGGUCACCUUCCAGAGGCUGGUGGACGGCAAGCUGGCCCAGACCAACUAUGUGGUCAUCAUCUGCAUGGGCAAGAGCCAGGACAUCGAGUCCUGCGUGGUGGUCACAGGUAAGCACCAGACCAGGGCUCUGGCAGAGAGCAUGCUCUCCCCUGGUGACAACCUGAAAGCAAUCAGCUAUGAGGUCUACUCCGGAAUGACCACAGAGCUCAGAGCGUACUUCAACUCGCUGGGACCUGAUGGGGACAUGGAAAGUUUGCUGGAGAAAGCCAGCGCAGAGAGCAGUGGUCACUUCUCUCUGUCCAGCAGCCAGGAGUCCGUUGGGGACAGCCCCAAACCCACAUGCUCAGAGUAUCACGCGGAGUGGCACGAGAUCCGCGCCAUCCAGCUGGCAGUGGCGCGGAAGCUGCUGUCCCAUGUGUGCGCCAUCGCCGACUCCAGCACGCAGAACCUGGACCUCGGCUCCUUCGACAAGGUGGAGUUCCUCAUCUGCGUUCCGCCGUCUGAGGUCACGUUCCAGCAGAUCAUCCUCCACCUGUGGAACUCAGGUGUUCUCCACGAGUUGGGUCUGGACCAGGAGUGCUUGUCCCUGAAGCAGGUGGAACAGUACGUUGUCAAACUGGACCAGGACGCCGUGGAGAAGAUCGACAGCCUCAUCCAGAAGUCGAAGAUGAACCCUUACACCCUCUACAUCCUGGUGCAUGACCAUGCCCACUGGGAUCUCAGCAGUGCCCACUACAGUGGUGGAGGCGGUUCUCGUGAGGGCCUGGUGGACAGUUUGCUGAACUGCCGUCAGAUCCGUGACGCUCCUAACAUCCUGACGCUCCACGUCACCUCGUUUCCCUUCGCCCUGCAGACUCAGUACACGCGCGUUAGCCCUUACAACGAGAUUCACUGGCCGUCCACAUUCAAUAACGACGUUGAUCUGUAUAAUGAGAAGACCAAGUACUUUGGCAUCUCAGAGCUGCUCGACUCCACUCACACCGGAGCUGGACUGCCUCUGCUGCGCUUCGACAGCUCCUUCGAGAACAUGGCUGCCGCCGUGGAGGACAGGUUUCCCAAGCUGCACAGUGCAGUGAUCCGCACCCACAUCCUGCUCCAGCAUUAUUCGGUGGCCCUGAUGGUGGCGUCGGGCCAGUCGCACCUGCAGAAGCACACCUCCGUGGAGACGCUGGAGAUCGUCCAGUGCCUGCUCAGCUCCGCCCAGCGUUGCCCCAGCAACCACGGGCACAUGGUGCUCCUGCGCGUGCCGUCCCCUGCGCUGGCGCUGGUCACGCAGCAGCGGCUCACUCACGUCCGAGACAAACUGGGCCUGCAGAACCAGUUCGAGGUGGUCCUGGGCAACCCCACCUCCGCCCUCUCGCUGGGGAAGCACUUCCUGGAUCAGCUCAAGGUGUGGUUGAAGGUCCAGGACCCCGACUGGACUCCACGGACAUACCUGGAGUUGGAGGCGUUGCCCUGCAUCCUCAUCCUGACCGGCAUGGAACCGCUGGGGGAGUCCCUACCACGCUCUCUGAAGUACUGUGACCUGCGCGUGAUCAGCUCAGCGUUCCUGCAGCGAACUCCUCUGGAGCAGGAGUUGGGCCUGGCUGCUUACCUGGUCAAGGCGGGGGCCCGCGACCCCCACGACCCCCGCGACCCCCGCGCGGCAACCACCGGCAGUGACCUGUCCGAGAGCGACCCCGAGAAGCUCUGCAGCACCGACAACGAGGAGGAGGAGGUGGUGGUGGAUGUAAACAGUGAUCUCCCCGGCCUGGACCCCUCCCCCCCCCCAGCCUCUCAGCACUCCCAGUCAGACGGCUCCAUCCUGGACCCCGAGAAGCCCCAGCCUCCCCCCCAGCUUCCCCCCGACCCGCGUGACCCCACUCGGGCCGCCCCUGCCGCCACGACGGACCCCUCCACUGCCCAGCGGAGGCCGUCCAAGUCCACGUCGUCGGGCUCGUCCUCGACGCGCGCCUCCACGCUGCGCCAGCGGUGCUCGUGGGCGCGGAACCGGAGCCGCCCGCCGGUGGUGCUGCUGCCGCGGGCGGCGUACGAGGUGCUGACCGCGCUGGACGCCAGCGGGCUGCCCAAGAGCACGUCGCUGCUGCCGCACGCCGCCGUGGAGUGGGCCAGCUCCUUCCGCCCGCUGCUCAGCAAGAUCAUGACCUGCACAGAGCAGUCGCUCUACUACCGCCAGUGGACCGUGCCCAGGCCCAACCACAUGGACAGCAGCAACCGGGCCGAGGGACGCGCCGACAACUUCCACCCCCGUAGGCUGCUGCUCAGCGGCCCGCCACAGGUAGGGAAGACGGGAGCUUACCUGCAGUUCCUGGGCAUCCUGUCCCGCAUGCUUAUCAGACUCAUGCAGGUGGACAUCUACGACGAGGAGGACAUCAACUGCAGUGAUAAGCUGCCCCUGGUCCAGUACCACCAGGCGGGGGUUACGUGGCCCAGUACGGACAUCCUGCGGAGCAUGUCCUUCGACUACACCAUCCACGACCCCAAAUACGAGGGCAUCAGCCUCAUCUACUCCACAGAGCACACUCCUGCAGAGGAGGGUAACCCACGGCGACAGGAGGAUGUAUACCUCCGCAGGCGCACCUCACGCAUUAAGCUGUCCAAGUACGCUGCCUACAACACCUACCACCACUGUGAGCAGUGCCACCAGUACAUGGGCUUCAACCCGCGCUACCAGCUGUACGAGUCCACUCUGCACACCUUCACCUUCUCGCACCUGCUGCUGGGGGAGGAGAUCCAGCUCUAUUUCAUCAUCCCUAAGUCCAAAGAGCACCACUUCGCCUUCAGCCAGCCCGGAGGACAGCUGGAGAGUCUCAGACUGCCGCUCGCCUCUGACUGGAAUCCUGACUGUAUAAAGAGCCCCAUUUUCACCCCCACCACUGGACGCCACGAGCACGGUCUGUUUAACCUCUACCACGCCAUGGAUGGAGCCGCACACCUCCACAUCCUGGUCAUCAAGGAGUACGAGAUGGCCGUCUACAAGAAGUACUGGCCCAACCACAUCAUGCUGGUGCUGCCCACCACCUUCAACGGAGCCGGGAUCGGUGCAGCUCACUUCCUGAUAAAGGAGCUGUCCUACCAUAACCUGGAGCUGGAGCGGAGUCGGCGUGUGGAGCACGGCAGCCGAGCGCAGGACGUCUGGCCCUUCAUCAUCCUCGCCGAUGACUCCUGCGUCAUGUGGAACGCUCUGGACGUCGACCCCAAGAGUGGUAGUAAGGGCACAGAGAGGAACGUAUCACUUAAGCAGGUGCUUCAGCACAUGGAGUCGUCUGCUGACAUCACACAGUAUGGCCUGUGCGGCCUCAGGAAGUGGUCGAGUCGCUAUGGCAACCAGACGGGGCGCCACCGUGAGCCCUUCUCACGCGGACACCUGCAUGACUUUCUGUUGCUGAACGUGGACCUGACGCAAAACGUCCAGUACAACCAGAAUCGAUUCACAUGUGACGAUGUGGACUUCAACCUGAGGGCACACAGUGCUGGCCUUCUCGUCUGUCGCUUCAACAACUUCAGCGUCAUGAAGAAACAGAUCACUAUCGGAGGCUAUCGCACCUUCAUCGUUAAGACCAAGAUGACGGACGUUCCGACCACAGUGCAGCCAUCUCAGUACAUCUGUGCCCCGGACAGCAAGCACACGUUUCUGUCCACUCCGGCCCAGCUGCUGCUGGAGAAGUAUCUGCAGCACACCAGCCACAAGCUCUUCCCCCUCAGCGCACACUGCUAUAGCCACCCGGUGCUCUCCGUCGACUGCUACCUCAACCUGGGCCCAGAGGUGACGGUGUGUUUUGUCAGCUCCCGACCCCACUCCAUCAACCUGAGCACCACAGACCUGCUGUUCGGCGGCCUUCUGCUCUACUUCUGCGACUCCUUUGUCACGCCUGGCUUCCUCAAGAAGUUCCACUUCCUCCAAGGGGCCACUCUGUGUGUGAUCUGCCCCAAUCGCAGCUCCUUGCGUCAGACGGUGGUGCGUCUGGAGCUGGAGGAUGAGUGGAGGUUCCGUCUGAGUGACGAAUUCCAGACAGCCAAUGCCAAAGAGGACCAGCCCCUCUUCUUCCUCACCGGCAAACACAUAUAAUCCCCCCUCUCCCAUCUUCCCCAUCUUCCUCAUCAUCAAACACAUAUAAUCCCCCCUCUCCCAUCUUCCCCAUCUUCCUCGUCGGCAAACACAUAUAAUCCCUCCUCUCCCAUCUUCCUCAUCGUCAAACACAUAUAAUCCCCCCUCUCCCAUCUUCCCCAUCUUCCUCAUCGGCAAACACAUAUAAUCCCCCCUCUCCCAUCUUCCUCAUCGUCAAACACAUAUAAUCCCCCCUCUCCCAUCUUCCCCAUCUUCCUCAUCGUCAAACACAUAUAAUCCCCCCUCUCCCAUCUUCCCCAUCUUCCUCAUUGGCAAACACAUAUAAUCCCUCCUCUCCCAUCUUCCUCAUCGUCAAACACAUAUAAUCCCCCCUCUCCCAUCUUCCUCAUCGGCAAACACAUAUAAUCCCUCCUCUCCCAUCUUCCUCAUCGUCAAACACAUAUAAUCCCCCCUCUCCCAUCUUCCUCACUAGCAAAUACAUAUCUUCUUUCUCACACAGAAACAUAUCUAAUCCCCUAGUCCCUCUUCCUCACAUAUACAGUAUAAUCCCCUAGUCCCUCUUCCUCACAUAUAUAAUCCCUUAGUCCCUCUUCCUCACAUAUAGAAUCCCCUAGUCCCUCUUCCUCACAUAUAUAAUCCCCUCGUCCCUCGUCCUCACACAGAAACAUGUCUAAUCCCUUAGUCCCUCUUCCUCACAUUUAUAAUCCCCUAGUCCCUCUUCCUCACUCUCAAACACGUAUAAACCCCCUCUGCUCCCUGGUAAAACUGGUAAACAUAUCCUGACUGGUAAACAUAUCCAUACCCAGCCCUGAUCCUCUCUAAUUUACACACACACCCAGAACACAGGAAACGCAUCUGGCCCAUCUCUGGCCCACACCCUCAUCAAACCUGGGCAGGAUCCACUUCCGGGUCAACUGCAGUGUGGUGUACUGUUUAUUAAGAGAUUAUUAAUCUGCAAGGGCAAUGGUGUUAUCCUCUGUGUGUAUAUAUGGCAUAUAUUGUAUAUGUAUAUCUGCUACGUAUGUCUGAAUAUGACCUUUUAAAGUGUUUUCUUUCUCUAUGUAGCAAGCCUGUAUUACUUAAAACAAAGUUAAUUUAUAGUAUUUGCAUAUGGCAUUAUUAUUCCCUCGUGGAAGGUGACAUUUUGUUACUAUGCAGCCAUUUUAAAAGGCUUUUCUUUUCUGUCGUCCUGUUUGGUUUUUGUUUGUUUUAAAUUGUUUUUUUUUUUAUAUCAUUCCAUAACAUGGAGGUAAGCAUAAAGCAUAUUGUGCCGUACAACACAAUAUCAAUGUAUUUUCUUUUGAGAUGUUUUGUAAAAAUAAUAUUUUUCUAGGUGUUGGUAUGCCAGAUCAGAUGUUCUGAUGUGAAGAUGGAGUUGUUGUUUUUUUAUGGAAAGUACUUAUAUGGUUGCCUUGGGAACUUUGUUUUUCAAGCAUUGUCAUGACAAUUUAGGUAAUAAGGACAAUGUAAUCAUCCUCUGAGUGACGUUAUGAAUGAAUUCGUAUCACUUUAUUGUUUUAGUACAAUCCAUGCCUCAGUGUUAUGCACUGUACAAACUCCUCUGUAAAUACUUGUUAUUUUACUUGUUAACCACAAGGGGGAGCUGUUACUGCAAUAUUGACAAUGUUGAAGUUACUGUAACCAAAGUGUCUACUCAGUUUUUAAGUGUAUACAUUUAUGGAUUAAAAAUGUCAAACCAG